UAGCUUGGCACAUAUCUCUCGUCUUGUGGCAGAAAAACUACAAAGACAUACUACUCAUGGACUCAAACAGAUACGCAUGGAGACCAUUUCCCAGAAAAGGUUAUGUUUAUCAUACACAAGUGAAUGAAGCUCUAAAUUCUGUACCAUUCCGAGGAGGGAAACCAUUUUCCAGCACUGUGAAUGAUGCUUUGAAAUCUGGUCGAUCGGUCAAAAGAGGAAACCCAUAUUCAAGCGAAGAUCAUUAUAUAAGAGUGAAUGAAGCUUCGAAAUCUGAUCAACUAUUCGGAAGAGGGAACCCAAUUUCUAGCGAAGCACAUUAUACAAGAGUGGAUGAAACUUUAAAACCUCACCCAAAUAGAGUAAGGGAACCAUUUCCAAGCAAUGUUUAUCCUACACAAGUGAAUGAUGCUCUAAAUUCUGUACCAUUAUUCGAAGGAGAGAAACCAUUUUCCAGAAUAGGUUAUCAUACAACUGUGAAUGAAGCUUUGGAGUCUAGUCAAUCGGUCAAAAGUGUUUACGGAUUUUCAAUCGAUGAUCAUUAUACAAGAGUGAAUGAAGCUUUGAAACCUAACCCAAAUAGAGGAAAGAAACCAUUUCCAAGCCAUGCUUAUCAUACACAAGAGAAUAAAGCUCUAAAUUCCGUACCAUUAUUCGAAGGAGAGAAACCAUUUUCCAGCAUAGGUUAUCAUACAACUGUGAAUGAAGCUUUGGAGUCUAGUCGACCGGUCAGAAGUGGUUACGGAUUUGCCAUCGAUGAUCAUUAUACAAGAGUGAAUGAAGCUUUGAAACCUAACCCAGCUAGACGAAAGGAACCAUUUCCAAGCAAUGCUUAUCAUACACAAGAGAAUAAAGCUCUAAAUUCUGUACCAUCAUUCGAAGGAAGGAAACCAUUUUCCAGCAUAGGUUAUCAUACAAUUGUGAAUGAAGCUUUAGAGUCUAGUCGACCGGUCGAAAGGGGCGUUUACCGUGAUUUUUGGCAAACAAUUGUUGGUUUAAAAUUAAUUACUAGCAAGAUCAACCAAUAAAUCUUAGGACAUAUUGUGUUUCUUAUAUUCCAGAAUUUGAUGGAUGUUCUUGAUGUUCUUGUUGAAACAAUGAAGAUAAACAUCAAAUUUAACAAGGUUAAAUCCGUCGAAGUUACUUUCAGUAUAAAAAAGGAAAAAUACUUAAAGAAACAAGUAAAUUGCAAAGGAAUUUAAGAAAACAAACUUAAAUUGCAUUGAUUGAAUGUAAAUUGGUACACGGAUU